AUGCACAAAUCCAAGUUGCAUUCAUCACAAUUCGGAAGAAAGUUACUGAGAAAUUAUCAUGAAUUGCAUCACAUCAGUCCUCUAAAUCGUCGUUUAAGAAUGCAGUGUAUCCGUUCACAAAGUGAAACAACACCAGAAAAACUCUUGUCAAAUCCUUGGCAUGGCAAAGGAUUCUGUGAACCUGGUCAAUAUGAAUCAGCUCUUCAUCGUUGUGAAGAUGGUUUAAAAUCAUGUGAAUUAGGUAUCGAAAUGUACACAGAUCUCGUUGGUAUAUUAACUAACUGUUCAAAUGCUUUGCAUCAAUGGUCAACAAAGUAUCAAAAACGCAUCGGCCAUUCGAACGAAAUCGGCACAACGAAGAAGACGUGGCUUGAAACUACUAGAGCUGUUGAAAAGUUAGCUGAAAGAAAUGGUGAUAUCUGUAAAAACAUUCAAAAAGAUGUGAUCGACAAAUUGAGUUCGUAUAAGAAUGAAAACUACGGUAAAUCUUUCAUUCAUGCGAAAAAGAUCAAAGAAUUCGGAAAAGAAUUCAAAAAAGCCCAAAAGCCGCACUUGGAAUUAUUAGAACGAAUCGAUCAAGCUAGAGAUGCAUAUCAUGAGAGCAAGCGUAAACUGGAACGUGCAAAACAUGCGGCACAUGUGGUGGAGAGUGAUGUUGGUUCGUCGGACGAAAGCAAAGAGAAAGUCAAGAGAAGUGUGGAGAUUACUCAAAAACAAACGGACAAUUGCAGAGAGAAAUACAAGAGUGUUCUUAAAGAAAUGGAUGAACACAAGCCAAAACAUCAAGAGAGAAUGUUCCGAAUUCUUGCCGAAACAGAUGAUUUCGAACGAAAACGAUUACAGCAUUUCAAAACUAUGUUCACUGCUUUGAAAACAGGAAGUUCAAUCGAACAAGAUGAACGACAUGCAACGAUGGCUGCCGAAUUUACGGAUUCGAUCAAGAAACAUGACAUCGAGGCUGAUAUUGACUUUUUCAACCAGCACUACGGCAGCAAAACGACAAGCAAGUGGCCUGUUUUCGAAGAAGGCAACUAG